AUGAUUUCCAGCCUUGUGGUGGAUACAAUUUAUCAGGAACAUAAUCACAGAAUAACUCAGUGGAAUGAUACACUCCUGAACCCAGCACUUCUAGAAACGUAUGCUCCUGCAAUUUGGCAAAACUGUAGUCCAUUACACAACUGUUUCGGUUUUACAGACGGAACAGUAGGGCCAACUUGUCGACCUGACCAAAACCAAGAGAUUGCGCACAAUGGGCAUAAGCGAGUAUAUGGUCUAAAAUACCAAUCUGUGGCACUACCCAAUGGUAUGAUGGCCAACAUGUAUGGCCCAGUAGGUAAAUUUUAUAAUUGAAGUAAUAAAUCUGUUUGGUUAAAUUUUAAAAUUUCAUGCCAAUCAUAAACUACAGAAUCACUUAUGUCGAUCUCAUUUUAGAGGGCACAAGGCAUGAUUCAGCCAUGUUGGCCGAUUCUGGUCUUCUUGAUGAUCUCGAGCAACAUGCUUUCUCAAUAACAAGAGAACUAAUGGCCCUCUAUGGCGACCCGGCCUAUCCUCUACGUGUUCACCUCCAGGUACCUUACAGAGGUGCAGGAAUUACACCGCAAAUGGAGCUCUAA